AUGGAACCAGGGAACCGUACAGAAGUUGCGAAAUUUCUUCUUCUGGGACUUUCAGAGGAACCAGAACUACAGCCCCUCAUAUUUGAGUUUUUCCUCUCCAUGUACCUGAUCACGGUGUUUGGGAACCUGCUCAUCAUCGUGGCUGUCAGCUCAGACUCCCACCUCCACACACCCAUGUACUUUUUUCUCUCCAACCUGUCCUUUGUAGACAUCUGUUUCACCUCUACCACCGUCGCAAAGAUGCUGUGGAACAUUCAGAACAAGAGCAAAGCCAUAACUUUUGAUGGCUGCUUCACCCAGAUGUAUUUUUACAUACUCUUUGCAGGUUUAGAUGAUGUUCUCCUUAGUGUGAUGGCUUAUGACAGGUUUGUGGCCAUUUGCCACCCCCUGCACUACAUGGACAUAAUGAACCCUGGACUCUGUGGGCUCUUGGUUCUGCUGUCCUGUGUAAUGAUGGCCACGUAUUCCUUGUUACAUAGCUUAAUGGUAUUGCGAUUAUCCUUUUGUAUAGACUUGGAAAUCCCCCACUUUUUUUGUGAAAUCAAACAGCUGGUCCAACUUGCCUGUUCAGACACCUUUCUUAAUAACAUCAUGAUGCAUGUUGGAGCUGGACUUCUAGGUGGUAGCACCCUGACUGGUAUCCUUUACUCUUACUUUAAGAUAAUUUCCUCUAUAUGCAGAAUCUCAUCAGCUCAGGGGAAGCAUAAAGCCUUUUCCACCUGUGUAUCUCACCUCACUGUUGUCUCCUUAUUUUAUUGUACAAGCCUAGGAGUAUACCUCAGCUCUUCCACUACCCACAGCUCACAGUCAAGUGCAACAGCUUCAGUGAUGUACACUGUAGUCACACCCAUGUUGAACCCAUUCAUUUACAGUCUGAGGAACAGAGACAUGAAGAGGGCUCUGCAAAGGUUAUUUGGGAUGGAAAAGUUUACAAAAGGACACUUUGUCCUGAGGUUGAAUAAAUGCACAUCAUAG